GCAGUGAAUAUUCCUGAGGAGUAUUUUUUGAGGCUAAAUGAAAAGACGCUGAGAGGAAUUCAAAUAGAAAAUGGGGGAAAUCCAUGGAAGUACUUUAUAGUCAAGAAGAGUAUUUUGCUUCAUAAUUUAUACCUAAUACAGUCAUUUGUUAAAGAUUUAGGAAGAAUAGAGAACAUCUUGUAUCAGAAAAAAGAGGUACUCACAAACCCACUGUGCUGGCAGUACGCCGUCCUGCUUAACAAGUUCAGCCAGCCUGUUGAACUGGAGAACACCUUGCAUGUGAAGGGAUAUUAUCCUGCCUUUCAAGGACCUUUGCCCUAUCUUCCGGCAUCGUUGAAGUGUUACAUCAGGAGAAAUCCCGGGAGAUUCCCUGCACAAAAACACCAGGCUGGUAAACUGAAAGACUAUUACCUGCUGAAUGCUGCUUCGCUGUUGCCAGUGUUGGCGUUAGAAGUGAAAGAUGGGGAAGAUGUUUUGGACCUCUGUGCUGCACCGGGGGGUAAAUCGGUAGCUAUGCUGCAGUGUGCUUAUCCAGGUCAUUUUCACUGUAACGAACAUGAUGAUUUGAGGUUAAGAUGGUUGAAACAGACAAUAGAAUCCUUCAUCCCGGAUCCUUUGAUUAACUUAAUAACAGUCUCUAAGCUGGAUGGUAGACAGAUUGGAGACCUUAAGCCUGAAUUAUAUGACAAGGUACUGGUUGAUGCUCCUUGUUCAAAUGACAGAAGUUGGCUAUUCUCUUCUGAUGUUCAGCAAGUCGCGCUUAGGGUAAUACAAAGGAAGGAGUUACCGUGUCUACAAUUCCAGCUGCUAAGGUGAGAAGUGCAAAGGAGAGCUCUUAAAGGAGCUUUUU